AUGACCUGCGCUGCCGCAAAUACACAUACAUUUAGAGGGUGGGUCAUUUAGCACCUCUGAUCUAGAGUAGUGCUAUCUUUCAAUCACUGCAGAAUGCAGACCCAGGUCAAGCCCUCUAGCUCGCGCCAGGCUAACCUGGUGGCGAAGGGCGCGUCGUGCCCUCGCGUAGCCGUCCGUCGCGUUGCUGGCCGUCGCGCUCUGGAGGUUGUUGCACGGGACUACCCGAGGCCUGCCUUUGAGACUGCGGAGACAUUCCAGGAGGCGAAGGCGCUGUCCAGCAAGCUUAAGGAUGCUCCCCGCCCGGCGAAGCCCCUUAAGGUUGUAAUUGCCGGCGCUGGCCUGGCUGGUUUGUCUGCGGCGAAGUACCUUUCGGACGCUGGACACCACCCAAUCGUUCUGGAGGGCCGCGACGUGCUCGGUGGCAAGGUCGCUGCAUGGAAGGAUGAGGAUGGCGACUGGUACGAGACUGGCUUGCACAUCUUCUUCGGCGCGUACCCCAACAUGAUGAAUGUCUUCAAGGAGCUAAACAUCGAGGAGCGCCUGCAGUGGAAGGAGCACUCCAUGAUCUUUGCUAUGCCCGACUCCCCCGGCGAGUUCUCCCGCUUCGAUUUCCCCGACAUCCCCGCCCCCUUCAACGGCGUCUUCGCCAUUCUGCGCAACAACCAGAUGCUCACUUGGCCGGAGAAGAUUCAGUUCGCUAUCGGCCUGCUGCCGGCCAUCAUCUUCGGCCAGAAGUACGUGGAGGAGCAGGACCACCUGAGCGUCACACAGUGGAUGCGCCAGCAGGGCGUGCCCGACCGCGUGAACGAGGAGGUCUUCAUUGCCAUGGCCAAGGCCCUGGCCUUCAUCGACCCCGACCGCCUGUCCAUGACCGUGGUCCUGACCGCGCUCAACCGCUUCCUGCAGGAGCGCCACGGCUCCAAGAUGGCCUUCCUGGAUGGCGCGCCCCCGGAGCGCCUGUGCCAGCCCAUGGUGGACCACUUCACGGCCCGCGGCGGCGAGCUGAAGAUGAACGCGCGCGUGAAGGACAUUGUGCUGAACGACGACGGCAGCGUCAAGCACUACAAGCUGACCACCGGGGAGGUGGUGGAGGGCGACCUGUACAUGAGCGCCAUGCCGGUGGACAUCCUGAAGCUGCUGGUGCCGGACCAGUGGAAGCCCAACCCCUACUUCUCCCAGCUGAAGGAGCUGGAGGGCGUGCCCGUCAUCAACAUCCACAUCUGGUUUGACCGCAAGCUGACCACCGUGGACCACCUGCUGUUCAGCCGCUCGCCGCUGCUGUCGGUGUACGCGGACAUGAGCACCACCUGCAAGGAGUACUACGACACGGAGAAGUCCAUGCUGGAGCUCGUGUUCGCGCCCGCCAAGGACUGGAUCGGCCGCUCGGAUGAGGACAUCAUCGCCGCCACCAUGACUGAGCUGGAGCGCCUGUUUCCCACCGAGAUCAAGGCCGACCAGUCGCUGGCCAAGAUCCGCAAGUACAAGGUCAUCAAGACGCCGCUGUCCGUGUACGAGAGCCGCGCCGGCCGCGAGGCCUUCCGCCCCAGCCAGCGCACGCCCAUCAAGAACUUCUUCCUGGCGGGCGACUUCACCAAGCAGAAGUACCUGGCUUCCAUGGAGGGCGCCAUCUUUUCCGGCAAGCUGGCCGCCGAGCAGAUCGUCAACGACUACAACUACAAGGGCGUGGCACCGCCCGCGCGCUCGUCCAGCUCGCCCGAGCUGGUGGCGGCCUCUGCGCUGCUGGCGGUGGCGGCCGUGGGCGCCGGCCUGGUCGGCUUUGGCCGGUAAACGUGUAGAGGCAUUUGGGGAUGCGGCUCGGAUGGCGGUGUGGAUGGGCUACAUCCGGAGGAUUCAGGAGACUUGAUGACGCUCGUGACUGUUGUCUUUAGGACUGACUGAACAGGUUGUGCGUGACGUCGUGAGCGUAUGUGUGAUUGCGCGGUGCAAAUGGUGGCGACAAAUGUUUUGAGUGUGCGGACUUCUGGAGUGAGCGUGAUGCGUGGAGUGCCUGUGUGAGCAUACGAGUGCUAAACGUGUUUGGUAAUAUCCAACGCAGCUGUAGGGCGCAUGUGAGACGAUCAAGGAUGCAAGCACGGACCUGGUAUUGGGUGGAGCAGGCGUCACGACCUGGUGUUAGGGCGGGCGUGCCUGCCCGAUUUUGCACCUACACUGGUUUGGCACUCGUAGAACAGGGUCUAGAAGAUAGAUGGCGUGCCUGGCACACAUGCCAUAGCGCACAUGCCAUAGUUGAUCUUAGGUCUGAGGGGUGAAGCGGGUAGGCAGGCAGGAGACAGGCCGCCGGAAGUGGCGCAGGCGCGUCAGGGAACGCUUGAAGCGUAGGCCUUGUUAUUUGGGCAGUCGAGGAUUUGGUUGCCCUCGUACAGACCGUGGGCGAAGUAGCCAUGCUGUGCAUGGUUUGUGUAACAGAAAGGUGAC